CAGAGAAGUUGUUCUUUUGGAUCUUCUGCUCACCUGCUGAAAUUUAUAUUCUCCUUAAUGUGAAGCGAUUUUGUUACAGGUGUUGAUUCUUUGGUUUAACCACUUCUGAGAAAAAGCCAUUGAUUUCCAUCCUUUCUAACAGAGUAUGGUCUUUAUAUUCUUGUUUAUAAUAUGUCAGUUUUAAUUUGCUGCCAAAUUAUUUAUCCAAAAGAAACUUUGAUUUAAAACCUGAAAAACAUUUUUCUGAGAUCUUCUCCACUUUGACAGACGAAGGACGACUAUCAGUCCGAUGGCGGCUCUGUCUGAGAACAUGCUGACAGUCAACAUGUUACUGAGUCUCUUCUUUCUUCCAGGGACUUUGGCUGAUGACUGUGGAAACAUUAUACCUACCCUCAAGAUCAUUACACCGAAUAACAUGGAAGCUCUGUCUGGAUCUUGUUUGCAAAUCCCAUGUACCUAUAACACAGAUAAUCCUACAUAUGACAGCAGUAAAACUAUCUAUGGAAUUUGGAUGAAAGGUGGUGUAAAUUAUGGCACAGAUAGAGAUAAAGUUAUUUUCGACAGCAGUGGGUCAAUUAACACCUUUUCACUGAAUAUUACUGGAAACCUGAAAGAGAAAAACUGCACCACUCUGUUUCCUAAUCUAACAACAAGUCAUACAGACAAAUACUUCUUCAGAGUUGAGAACGGUGACUACAAGGCAUCAGCUUGUGCUGAUCCUCUUCAAAUUACAGUUAAAGAAUCUCCCUGGAGACCCAGGAUUAAUAUCUCUGAUGGUGACCUGAAGGAGAAUCAGUCUGUCACUGUAACCUGCUCAGCUUUCACUCCGUGUCCACAAUCACCUCCUGAACUCACCUGGAAUCUCCAACAAGACUCUCUCAGACAAACAGAGAAAAACACAGAUGGAACCUUUACAACUAAAAUCCAGGAGACCAUCACUCUGUCAGACACACAUGAUGGAUACAACAUCAGCUGUUCUGCCAGAUAUCCUGUGAUUGGAGGAAUCAAGACAGAAAUGACAAAAGUGACUCUCAGUGUUUCAUAUUCUCCUAGAAACACCUCAGCAUCCAUCAGUCCAUCAGCUUUGGUGUCAGCAGGUACCUGGGUGGAGCUGAGCUGCUCCAGCAGAGCCAAACCUCCACCCAGCUUCACCUGGUUCAGGAUCAACAAACAUGGAGCCACUAAUGUGUCUGUGGGGCCAGUUUACAAAUUCAACUCUAAUGAGGAAGAAAAGUUUUACUGUGUGGCUACAAAUGAUCUGGGUCAACAAAAAUCAUCUGUGAUUCUUGUUGAUAUUAGAGAUGAUCAAUCAUCUGUAUUCCAGAUCCUUAAUAUAUUGAAGAUCAUGGGGAUUGUAUUGCUCUGCACUAGCAUCAUCAUCUUUGAGUGCUGGUUCAGAUUCUCCAAGAAACCAAAGAAGGAACCAGAAGAACCAACCUAUGUCAACAAUGUGAUGGUGACUAAAGCAUCAUGAGCCACAAAAAGACCAAGAAGAUGUCAAGGCCUCUGUCAGAGAGAGGAUUUAUUAUUUCUAUCCAAUUGUUCAAGUUUGUUUCUCAAGAAGCUUUUUUCUAUGUGCAAAGACCAAUAGGUGGAGGUCUGGAUACACUGUGGACGCGUCACCAGUCCAUCACAUCCCCAUUCGUUGUGCUUUAGAAAUUACUUAUUAUUUCUUGACACUUUGUUUCAAUAUAAUACUUAUUGACUAAAUAGUAAUGCUUUGGUAGAACACUGUAGUAUAUACAGAAUACAUACAGUAUAUAUACUGUAUAUACUAUACAUAUACAGUAUAUUUAUAUACUGUAUAUGUGUGUGUACGUUGAAGGUUGAACGGCUUUAUGCAUUUUCCUUAGUUUUUCACCUCAGUUUUUAAGACAAAACUACUCAUCAUAUUUUCCUGAAUGAGAAACUCAGAGUAGGAUGUCGUACGUCGUAUAUAUUGCAGUUUCCGAAAGAGUUAACAGGUGUGUACACAGGAUGAUUUCUAAAUCAUCCAUCCAUCCAUCCAUCCAUCCACUUUCUGUUCACCCUUGUCCCUAAUGGGG